UGUGUGAUAAAGAGGUUACACUCAAUCGUGUGAAUUUGUGUACAUCGGUCGCGUGUUUUAUUCGGAGGUUUUCUGUGAAUUCCCGUACUUUUGCGAUUAAUAAUGAAGUGAAUUAAUUUAAAAUAAUGUCAGAGAACUUACCUACAGGACUAGCGAUGAAUAUUUUGUUCGCGAUCGGACGCAUUUCGUAGAAAUUAAACUUCACACGGGGUUGACCCGAAAUCUAAGAUGGCGGCCAUUUAUUUUUUCAUUUGGGCCGCUUUUGUCUGGGAUUGUUGUACUAAUCUAGUUUUAGCUACAAGUAACGGUUGUCCGUCCGCUUGUUCGUGUUUAGGUGAUUAUGUUGACUGUAGCAGAUUGGGAUUAAUCGAGGUUCCAAAGGAUCUACCGACCUGGAUCACAGAUCUGGAGAUACAGUCCAAUGGAAUAUCUUCCAUUCAUCCUGAUGAUUUCAAAGGCUUAAUAAAUUUGCAGAAAAUUGACCUGAGCAACAACGAGAUUACGUUCAUCAAUGAAAGCGUGUUCGCGAAUCUUCCAGCGUUAAAAGACAUAAAAAUCAACUUCAACAAACUAACAGAGAUUCCGAUAUUCAAGCAAAAUCCGUUUCUUCAUCGAUUGGAAUUAACUCACAAUGAUAUUCACACGAUUAAUCCGAGUGCGUUGAAGUACCUUAAACAGCUGGACUUGUUGGAUCUGUCGUAUAACGUUCUUCGUGAGGUCACCAAUUCAUCGUUUCCUGAAAAUCUGACGCUUACAAAACUGUUUCUGAAAAACAAUGAACUGUCGCUGUUUGAAGUUGGAGGUUUUUACAACCUAACCAAGCUAGAGUCCCUGAAGAUGAGCAAGAACAAAAUACAGAUUCUACCGAAGGACUUAUUUGCAAGAUCAGGGAGUCUUAAAAUGCUGGAUCUAUCAAAGAACAAGCUGGUACGACUUGCGGGCCUGACAUUCCAAGGUCUACAUGGUCUACAGCGUCUAAAACUGCAUCGUAACGAAAUGCAUCUACUCGAAGAUGGCGUCUUCUAUGGGCUGUCCAAACUCCAGUCUUUACAACUGGAUGAGAACAAUUUGACGACCAUCUCCCAGAACUGGCUGUAUGGGCUGGAUAAUCUGAAAGAGUUGGUCGUGUCAAAUAACCAGAUUUUCCGCAUCGAACCAAAGUCCUGGGAAUAUGCGCCACAUAUUACCACAUUGGACCUACAUCGCAAUGAGUUGGUGACAGUGGAAUCAGACUCCUUGUCAAACUUGGAAAGCCUUCAUUCGCUGAACCUUGCCAGCAACCAUAUUGAGUUCAUUCAGGAGGAAGCUUUCAAGCAUCUCGCUGAACUGGAACAACUUGACUUGAACAACAAUCGUAUAUCUUCAACAAUUGAAGACCUUAAGGGCGUUUUUACGGGCCUAGUUUCCCUGAAAAUCUUGAGCCUGGAGAAUAACCGCAUUAAAACCAUCACAAAACAGGCGUUCAUGGGCUUGGACCAACUGGAACAACUGUUGCUGAACAGCAACAACAUAACGACCAUUCAGGGGAAUGCGUUUGAGCCUCUACCCCUCCUUAGACAGUUGAGUUUCAACACCACAAGCCUGUUUUGUGACUGUCAGUUGUCAUGGGUACCUAUCUGGCUCCGUGAUAACAACUUUGAGCGUUCUGUCAUCGCCAAGUGUGGCCACCCACAGCAUCUGAAUGGGCGGAGUAUAUUCACUGUUGAUUCCAGUGAAUACAAAUGUGAUGGCCAGUUUUUGAAACCAGAGAUUGUGAGUAAUCCGCGUUCCCAGGAUGUUAUAAAGGGAGCUAACAUCACACUCAACUGCUCUGCGGCCAGCACAGAAUCUAAAGGCUCGCCCACACAGUUUCAAUGGAAGAAAGAUAACAUUAUUCUUACUGAUGCUAAGACGGAGGACACAGCUCAACGGUCAGGCAAUCUAACGCACUAUGUGUCAAAGCUGCACAUAUUUGACGCCAAAGAUACGGACGCUGGUCGAUACCAGUGUGUCAUCUCAAAUGAGUACGGAUCUGCAUACUCAAAGAGGGCAAACAUCAAUGUUUAUGUUUUCCCAAAGUUCACAAAGCGCCCGCAGAAUGUCACAGCAAAAGCCCAGACUGAGGCGGUGUUGGUGUGUGCAGCAGAAGGUCAACCUAAACCAAUUAUCUCCUGGCAAAAAGAUGGGGGCUUUGACCAUUUUCCCGCUGCGCAGGAGCGCAGAAUGCAGGUCAUCCCCGAAGACGAUCACUUCUUCAUAGUGAAUGUGAAGGCUGCUGAUGAAGGGAUCUACAGCUGUAUUGCGAAAAAUGAUGCUGGAACUAUAAUGGCCAAUGUUACUCUUACUGUACUACAGACUCCGUCAUUUGUGCGACCAAUGGAAGAGAAGGAGACACGGGAAGGCGAGACUUCAGUAAUGGAAUGUCUCGCCCAGGGAAGCCCUCAGCCGACCUUGACAUGGUACCACAAAGGUCAGCCCCUUGUACCCUCCCAGCGCCACUUCUUUACAGCUGAGAAUCAGCUGCUGAUCAUCGUUGAAACGAAGACAAGCGAUGCUGGUGAAUACACUUGCGAAAUGUCGAAUACGCUUGGUACUAUUAGAGGGACGUCAACUUUGACCGUUGUAACUGGGUCUGUCAUGACUGGAGAGGCCAAGGGGAAGGGAAACUCAGGAGGGGGUGGGGGAUUAGAUGACGAGUCUACUACAACAGGAAUUAUAAUAAUUGCUGUUGUUUGCUGCGUCGUUGGAACAUCACUGGUUUGGGUAAUUAUUAUUUACAAGACGCGGAAAAGGCAGGAGUUCUACAGUGCGACUCCAACCGAUGAAACAACCUUACCCGGCGAAGUGCCAAGUUCUGGUUACAUGUCAUCGGAAAAGGAAGGAAGUUAUACACAUGGGGUUCCCAUAACCAAUGGCACAUUGCCCUACCAAUACCACGAGUUGGCGAUGAAAGAAUCUGGGUAUGAGUCUUCGUCAGGGAGAUUUAGAGCUGCACGCCCUGCAAUCUUCCCAAGUGAUGUCAAUGGGGAAAACGGUUCGCAGGGGUAUGACUUGAUGAGGACUGAUGGUCAUUAUGUGGAGCAAUCUGAUGAAAACAGUCUUUCAAGUCAGGAAUAUCCUCGGAGUGAAACAGACUCAAUAAAGAGUGACGAGAACAGUGUGGACACGUCUCACUCGAGUCAGCAGCAAAUCUUGUCUACAUUCCACCCUAUAGCGGCCAGUCGGGACAGAAUUGCCCGUUCUCGGUCGUGUUCCACCUCACAAAUCCCACGGGAAUAUCCGCAAGACUAUGAACCUUUCCAGCGGGAAAAUUCCCAUCAAUAUUAUCAGCAAAAAGACUGUGGGCAUUCAGACCCUUCUAAAACCAAUCCAGAUAACUCUGUAGGUUCACAGACUGAAAACUGUGAGGAGAGUGGUUCCCCUUUGAACAGUCCAGCAGUGAAUAACAAUAAUUCAAAAUAUAAUUCACUCUGCAGAAACUGUGGUGAUUCGAACUCUCCAAACCAUGUGAAAACGUGUAAGCAUAAUAAAAAUCCGCCAAUACCUCCAAAGCCGUCAAGAUUUCGACACGGACGGCAUAAAGAGACCUCGCACUUUGAUAGGGCACAACCGCCUGGCAUAUCUAGAAGCAGUAGUCAUAUUCCAGACUACAUGUACGGUACAGAAGACAUUCCCCAGACCCCACCCCGUUCAUUAGUACCAGAAUUCCACCCACCUCCACCCCCUCCCAUUGGUGGCUGCCCUGGGGUCUAUGUCGCACCAGAAUACGAGGAGGGCAUGUACAUCCAUGGUUACCCUGGCAUGUCCAGUGGGGCGUUCGUACCUGUAUAUCAUCCUAUAAAUACUCCGCAAUGUGACUGUCACCUCCGUGUUACCCCACCCACCUCAUCUCUUAAGGCAGAAAAUGGCCGAACUCAUUUAAAUCCAAACAAACCAAACAGUGUCAGUAAGGUUCAAAAUCAAAGAACUAAUGGUGUUAUAGGCUGUGUGCAUCACCGGAUGAAUGGUUACGCCGGUGUUACAUCGCCCUCGUGGCAAGGACAUUCGUACACACUGCCGUACAUGCCGUCUGGACACCAUGUGCCACAGGUUCAUCCUUCACAGAUGAAAUUGUCACCUCAGCAAAAGCUACAACAACAGAUUUCACCAGGGAGGAAACAAGAACAUCCUAAACAUAGAUUACACUUCUCGCCUAAACAAGAACAGAAUUCAACAUAAAGUCAUAAUUUCUUAAGUUAAAUAUCUAUUCUUGUAAUGUUAAGGGGAACUAUCAUGGAAGUCAGUAACACGGCCUUCUAAUUGAUAUAAAAUUAAAAAAUAGCAAUGAUCAAUAACAUUCUUUGAACAAAAUAUUCUAUUAGUAUGAUUUUAAGUGUUAAUUUCAUUCUUGAAGGGGAGGUGAUCUGUGAGUUGACAGGUUACGAAGAAAGGUUGUGUAGACUCUAUGAUGUAGUAUUCAGUUUUAAAGAUAUAAUUUUGUGUUAUUAAAUUUGAAAAAGGGCCAGUUUAACUGGCUGUCAGUCUGUGAUAUAUAUAUUCUCUUAUAUUCUUAGUUUGGUGCAUUUUGCAUAAUUUUUUUACCUUAAAUCUACAGCGAUUCAUUUUCAAAUCUACUUGAACGUAUCCAUGGUCUUGCAUACAUGUAUGUCAUAACCGGCCUUUACCAAAAAAUGUGAGAGUCCUAGGCAAAUCAGUGCUCCAGCUAGGCUUUAAUAACAGGGGGAUAAACUGUUGCCCUUUCUUGUACCCUGUUACAUUUUUAAUAUGCCCUGCUGUGCUCUUUUAUUUUGACACAGCCGCCUUAGCUGAUUAUUUAACAAAUUUGAUAUUUAUUGGACAUUUUGUCAAGUAAAUUUUCAGAAAUAAGUAUAGAAAUAAUAUAUAUACAUAAUUUUCACUAAAGUAAAGAUGUGUUUAAACUAUAAAGCAUUCAUAGACAUUUAUGACCUAGCACCCUGUCCUUUUCAAAUCAAGGCUGGAGCACUGCUCAUGUUAAGAACAAUAGGUUCUCAAGAAAAAAAACACAAUAAAUCAAGAGCAAAAUGUAUGACCAAGAUGAUAAAAAAAUAUGAUGAA